AGAACUAUUUAGGUACAGUGGAUAGAACCCGACUUCGUAGAACCGUACAGCUGUUAGGAAUUUUGAACUGUUAAGUCGAUAUUACUCGUCGACUAUUUAUUGAUCAAUAACGGAAUGUGAAAUUGGUUUAGAAUAAAUAUGGCGCCCACAUUGCUUUUCCGACAUCCAAAAGGCGAUUUUGUUGAUAUCAGGUAUGGAAACCAGUCCAUUCGGGAGUAGUCGCAACGAGAGGUGCAAUGUAAUAGGUUUAAAGGGAAGAGAACUCUAGGUAGUUUACCUGAUGAACGCAAAAUCAUUAGAAGCAACGAAAGCUGUAAUAAUGAAAUGGGUGAGAGAAUACCAAAGGCCUCUAGGAAUAAUAAAACAAAGAUCCUAUGGGAUGACUCAGAUUAGAGUAAGACGAAAAUUGCAAAAUUGGAAGUGCGUUUUUCAGACAAAUGUAGAGCAUGUGAGGAAGACAAUGAAACCCUGGAUCUUUUUCUUGUCAGCCAUACUUCAGUUUUCAUAUUGCCGGUUGAUAGUAGAGUACUUAAAAUUGCUGGUGUUUGCUGUAAAUAAGUAUAUUUAAAUAAUAAAAAGUAUUACUAAACAAAGUGCUAAAAAUCAUGACCAAAGUAUUACCAAAACCUAUUUUAUUUGUCUUCAUCAAUUUGGCCCUCUUGAGCUGUGUUACUUGGGCCAAUAACUGUCCGGGUUGUGUGGAUUUGGAUGAUAUAACAUUUGAGAAAACUAUUAAACGUUUUCCUUAUGCUUUGGUUAAAUUUGAUAUUGCCUAUCCGUAUGGUGAAAAACACGAAGCAUUUGCAGCCUUUGCUAAAGCGGCUCAUGCUGCCACCGAUGACCUUUUAAUUGCUACCGUGGGCGUCAAGGAUUAUGGUGAAAAUGAAAAUAAAGCUUUAGCUGAACGUUUCGAAGUAGAUGAGAAAAAUUAUCCCGCCAUAUUUCUAUUUCGUAAGGGUGAGGACAAACCUUUACCUUUACCCUCUCACUUGGAUAUUAGCGUGGAUAGUAUAAAGACUUUUGUUAGCUCCAAUACUGAUUUGUAUAUUGGUCGCGAAGGCUGUCUUAAACAAUUUAAUGAUUUAGCUAAGAACUUUGCCAACUUGGAAGACUCUCAACAACAGGAACGUUUGGCUGAGGGUAAAAAAUUGUUAGAAAAUUUCAAAAAAGAUUGGGAAAUGGCAAGUUCUAAAACCUAUAUUACUUUUAUGGAGAAAAUCAUGAAAAGUGGUUACAAAUUUGUGGAGGACGAAACAAGACGUUUGUUACGCUUAAGAGCCGGUAAAGUAUCACAGGCUAAAAAGGCUGAAUUAAAUAUUAAGUUAAAUAUUUUAGAAGCAUUUCGUGUUAAUAAAUUAACAAAAGAAGAGUUGUAAAAAACAAAGCCAAAGAAAAUACAUAUAUUGUUUUAUAUUAUUAUAAGGUUAAGUUAAGGUGAGGGAAAAAGUAGUUUCGUGAUUUUUAUAUGAAUAUUAGCAAUGUUCUUUGCCAUGCCCCUACUAUGAAAAUCCCAUUUUUAGUAAUGGGGAAGUAAUUUUCUAAAGGAAGUUGCACUUCUUUUAGAUCGACCAUACGGUAAACUGUGGACUAUAGUCUAGAUUCUUGACUAGAUAAUUCACCAGACUAUAGAUUAUACUAAAGACUAGACUAUAGACU